AUGCAAAUCUUCACCUGCUUCACUUGCCGGUUGGUCUCUCGAUCUCGUCUUCGUCAACGGCUGGUCGAGCUCCAAAACGGCCGGCGCAAGUUGUCUUCCACUCGUUUCCAACAUCAGGAUUCACCCUCAGAGGUGGCAGGGUCGUGGUACUGGGACACCACUCCUCCGACCAAGGAGAACUUAGCCGCAGCGGCGCACUUUUUCAAAAAUCACAAGCCUUCGAGAGCAUGGACUGGGACUAAUUGGAAAACUUCGGAACCAUGGCGGCGCUCCUCAAAAGCCUCACAGCAAAACAUGCUAGUGCCAGAAGUCAUCUUUCUCGGCCGGUCUAAUGUUGGCAAAUCGACUUUGAUCAACGCCCUUACCUCCUCUGACCUGAAUCGAGUCGGUGCGACUCCUGGAAUGACUCAAGUCAUGGCCGCGUGGGCUUUGGCAGCAAGAGAUGACACAGGCGGGGCUGUAAAAGGAUGGGAUGGAGAUGUCAACCCCAAAGUCACCCUUGUCGACAUGCCCGGAUAUGGCUUUGGUAGCAGGUCCGAAUGGGGUGCCCAGAUUGUGUCAUACUUGAACAACCGGAGAAAUCUGAGAAGGGCAUUUCUGCUUGUCGACAGUGGACACGGCGUCAUGGCUGCUGACCGUCACAUGCUGGAGAUCUUCCACAAGCUCGGUAUCCCCUUCCAGAUUGUUGCAACAAAGUGUGAUCGAUUGAACUCGAAAGUGUCAGAGAGCGACAUCCGUGAAGCAUUGACUAGACUUCGCAGUCAGGCCAACUUCGAAAGCCAAUCCGCAUUAAUGCUGGGUGAAAUGAUCGCGGUUGGAUCGCUCGAGGACAUCGCGACUACGAAAGGGGCGAAUGAAAACGCCCUCGGCGUCAAGAAUCUGCAAUGGGCAAUUCUCAGGGCCGCGAACCUGGAAUGGUAUGCCAUGGAAAAAGCCGCGGCACACAAAGUCAUAGAUAAAAAUGCCUUGAGUCGCCCCAGUCCAAACGGCACCGAGAUAUCUCAUUUGAUCCAGGGAAAUGGAACCGACUCUGAACCUACACAGUUGACAGAAAGUGCAUCGAAAUCACUCCCGAAUCUCAGUCUACAGGAAUUCAUGCGCGAGAUCUUAGGAACUGGCUCGGAAGCAAGGGCCUCAGCAUCACCUGAACCUCAAGGCCACCGCGAGUCACCUCGAGUUUUUGAGUCUUUGAGGAAAUUUGCGGGACCCAAGUCUGAAGGGGCUAACCAGGCCGCAUCUUUGCACGAUCAACUUGAUUUUGUGUAUAGAGAAUUGAAUUCUCGAGGCCACCCCAAGUCCAAGGGCGCGAAUACUAUUCCCGAACAAGAAACGACCGCCCACGAAACCAUGAGUCUACCAUCGUCUAGGCCUGCAUCUCUUCCUUCUCCUUCUAAGGGAUCUACACAAGUGCCUGUUCACGGCAAAAGCGUCUCCCAGGGUAACGAUGCCCUUGAAGCGAUGUUCGUCGAGCCCUCUAAACCAUCCAAGUCGAAGAAACAACAGCAGCCCCAACCCAUUCAUCAACGACCUCAAAACCGCGCGGCAGGAGCACCGAGCUUCAGUUCGCUGGGACCAAAAACUUCUGCGCCCCAACCUACGCAGCAACAGCAACCUGGUUUUAUUGGGAAGGGCGUCUCACAGGGUUUGGAUGCCUUUGAAGCUAUGUUCGCCGAGCCGCCCAAACAACCGUCCAAGUCGAACAAAAAGCAACAACAGCCUCAAACUCGACGCCGCCGUCAGAGAAACUCGGGGCCCCAAAAUGAACCGCAGCCCCCACCUCGCGAAAAACCGGCUAUGAUGGGCAAAGGCGUAACUCAAGGCAUUGACGCUUUUGAAUCAAUGUUCUCCGAACCCUCCUCCGGCUCUGGAGGAAGUCCGAACUCGAAGAAGAGGAAGAGGCGGCAAUAG